AUGAAGCCCCAGAGAUAAAAGACCCUGCGAUGGCGCCGCCCAGCACUUUGCCAAAUGCAUCGGAAAUUGGGCCCGAUGGUUGCCGCAGCUGGUUCAUCGCCACGCUUUGCUUCCUGGUGAACCUGCUGUUUUCGUCAUUUUUCCGCUGCGGUGGACUUUUCUUCACUUCAAUGAUGAGCACGUACCAAGCUACAAGGGCGCAGGCCGCAAUGCCAUUGGGUGCCUACUGCGGCUUCGUCAAUCUUUCGGGUCUCGCGGCCGGCGCUCUGAUAUAUUCAUUCGGUAUGAGGAUAAGCGCUGCACUGGGCGGACUCCUCAUGUCAGCAGGCUGUCUGGCGUCAGCGUUUGCUACUGGAAUACCGUUCCUCGUUGUAUCCGUCGGAGUGGUCACAGGCUCCGGACAUGGAAUCCUGCUGUCCUGCAUUAUCGUCACUGUCAACGAGUACUUCGAUAGGAGACGCGGCACGGCCCUCGGUAUCAACAUGGCUGGUGCACCUGCAGCUUCCUUUAUAUUCCCUAAAGUUUUCGAUUACUGUCUCGCCGAGUACGGCCUACACGGAACGUUUGCCCUAGUGGGAGCACUGUUGUUAAACAUUGGACCGAUCAGCCUGUUUUUUCGUAAGCCACCGUGGAUCCAGGAAGAGCGGCCCAAAAUAUAUAAAGUCUCCAGGAGAGGAAGCAGUGAUGCGAACGAUCAACAAAGAAAAGAAGCAGCUGAUCAUUCUGGUUGCAUAGCAACGACUUUGCAACCUUUACUUGGCAGGAGCGACGACCGUGACGACUCUGUGCGUGAUAACGACAACAUUUUAUUUGCUGCAACAAGGAGGUCGACAAUAAUCAGGCUAUCAAGAGCGGGGUCUCCAGUAUUCUACCCGUCGGCGCAAGACCCACCGCACUCAACACAAGAAUCCACAGGAGCAGUUGACAACAUUGUCGGUGACUACCACAACGUGUUCUCCAAGAUCUCGGCCUGA